UUCAAACGAUCCCGUUGCGCUUCAGUCAUCUAGCAUUAGCGGAGGCGGCUACACGUUCUGCUCGCCGAUCAAAUUGCGAAAUUAUCAAACGCGAGUGUUUUGUUUUUCAUAAAUUUUGUGUACUGACACCAGAAAAAGAAACCGCCGUGUUAAGCCAUAAAAUGCAGGAAAACCUCUCAUGACCUCGGAGCAACAGUGAACACGACAGAACACACCAUGGCGUUGUUCAACAACUCCUUCACCAGGACCUACCAUAGGCUAUUCACAGAAUUGGCCGAUCCCAGAACCAACGACUGGUUCCUCAUAUCCAGUCCUGUGCCAGGAUUAACCACACUUGGCCUGUAUUUGUACUUCACGUUGAACUGGGGACCCCGGUAUAUGGCGGACAAGAAGCCGUUUCAACUGCAAAAGACAUUAGUCGUGUACAAUUUCAUCCAGGUUCUGGUUAGCUGCUAUCUAUUCCAUGAGGGCCUCGACGCAUGUUGGUUGAGGACUUACAGUUGGAAAUGUCAACCAGUUGACUUCUCCAGGUCGCCGGAGGCUAUGAGGGUAGCCCAAGGCGUCUACAUAUACUUCCUGGCGAAGAUGUCGGAACUGCUCGACACCGUGUUCUUCGUUAUCAGAAAGAAAGAUCGUCAGAUCACGUUCCUUCACAUGUACCAUCACACAGUGAUGCCCAUGAUAUCUUGGGGAGCCACCAAGUACUAUCCUGGCGGGCACGGGACUCUAAUAGGCGUGAUAAACUCAUUUGUACACAUCAUCAUGUAUUCGUAUUACAUGCUGGCGGCGAUGGGACCACAAUUCCAAAAGUACCUGUCUUGGAAGAAACAUAUAACUACAUUGCAAAUGCUCCAGUUCUGCAUCGCAUUUCUACAUUCAGCCCAGUUGCUCUUCUACGACUGCGGCUAUCCUCGCUGGUCUGUCGUGUUCACGCUACCCAACUCCAUCUUUUUCUACUACCUCUUCUACGACUUCUACUACAAAGCCUACGGCAAACCAGAGAAGAAAGAUAAAUUAAAGACUGCUAACGGCCGUGUGAAUGGAAUCAAAGAGGAGAAUGGACAUCUAAAGAUUGGCAACGGAGCACCAAAUGGUAUCGUGAGCGAAGAAAAACUAGAAAAAAUCGAUUAAGUACUUCGACUAAUUAUUUGUAAAUAAACAUGUCAUAAGCUUAUACCAUUGUGUAAUUAAGUAACGUAUAAUAUAAUUGAACAGGUAAAUGAAGUAGAAAAAGUUGGUUAAACAUUUUUUUUUAAAAUGGACGUUUUAGCUAAUCCAAUGUAUAUAAAAGAUAAAUGUAAGUUGUUCAAUAUUUUAAAGUUAGUUGGUAAUUGGUUUGCCAUUUUGGAAAGUAGUAUAAUAAUACGACAUAGAAGUUACCACAGAAAACCUAUCUGUAAAGUAUUUUGAGAGUAAACGUACAUUUAAGAACAUAUUUUUCAUAAAUCGAAUAAGUGGACUAUAAUAACCUUAGUCUUUAAUUUUUCAAGUCAUCCACUAACGUUUUAUACAAUUAAAAACUUUUGUUUGUUACCACCCAUAUCGCCAAACGAACAAGCUUUGAACUGUAAACUUAGUAUUCAUUUCCUUAUUGUAUUGCCUUUAUUUUUAAUAAAAAAACGUCAACUUCACUGGUUAACUAUAUUUUUUAUUAUAUUAUCCGAAAGUUAUCGUGAAAGAAUUAAGUUUUAAUCCAAUAGCAAUAUGAUAAAAAUUUAAAAUCUUUACCUUUACAUUGUCAAUUAAAUGUAUGCAAAUUGAUGCCACAAUUUCGUCUUCCAAUAAUGUUGUAUACGAAGACUUUUCCCAAUUUAGAUAUUUUAAUAUACAGCAGAUGUUACACUUGUAAGUUUUACUUACAUAGGUUAGUUAUGUAAGUAACUUGUAACUACUGAGGGCGCUGUUUCACAACUUCUGAGGGCGCUGUUUCACAAUUUCUGAGUAAAUGCUUCUCGUCACAUAAAUGUAUAAGCCGAUCAAAUACAAAAGUCACAAUAUGCUCCCAGGUAAAUGGUAAUAAAACAGUACUAUCUAAAUUAUGUAUUUAAUAUGUUAAUUGUCGAAUGAAAUUUACUUGAAACUUGGGAAACAGACUGUAAUGUAAAUAACUUCGUAAGCCAACUAGCUACAGUCACAUACAAAUUGAUAACCUCCUUCUUUUUUGAAAUCGGUUAAUAAAUGUGAUAUAUGUAUUAAUGUUUCUGCAAACUCACGAAGUUGUUUACAUUAGUACUUUUUUCGUAAGUGACUUAUAUAGUAAAUUUUACAAAUGUUACGUCUUCAAAUGUCUAGCAAAAAUUUAUUAGCAAUUUACUUUUAUGUGAAGUUCGCUAUUUUGUGGAACGUUUCUAUGGUUUCGAAUUUAUUAACGUUAUAGAUUUUAUUGUUUCGUAAUCAUAUUUAUCGUCAAAGAUGAUUUUUAAAAAUCUCUAAAUUUUAUUCAAAUUAAUUGUGUUUUUCUAAGGGCAGGCUAUAAUGAGAUGUGGUAGGCUUGCAAUUGGGUUCGAUUUCGAUUGGCAAAAUUGUAUGAGUUUUGGAAUCGUUAAAUAUAAGGCGGCGCUGGUUACAGAGGACAUAACUAAGAAGCCUUUCUACAAUCGUCAACGAAAAUAGAAAAGAAAAGAAAACGUAUGGGAAUGACAUAUCGUAACGAUAAAUUAAUCGCUAGGAUCUGUCAUUCUCAUGCAUUAUGUUAGCGUUAACGAUUAUAUAAAGAUCUUGGCUAUUGUUCCUGUUCGAUCUCAUUAUGGAACAAAUAAAAAGCACCGAACUGAAAUUGCACCAAACUCGAUAUUCUAAAUCAUUCGUUCUUAGCCCCAUUCUGCCCAACUCUUUCUUACGAGACAAUAAUAUUAUUGUAAUUAAACAGACGGCGAAAAUAAAGAAAAAAACAACCAAAUAAUAGACCAUAGUAUAAAUGUGGUUUUAUUUAAGUCUACUUUGUAACUUUCAACAAAUCAUAGAUGGUUCUUAAUUCGAAAUACGAAAAGAAAGUUAGAUCUGAUAUAGUUUUUUUGUUUAAAGGAGUAUACGAUAAUUUACUUAUUUCAACUAAGUAUCUUAUAUCUUCCACUUAAAUAUACAAUAGAAAAGUGUUUUUAUACAUUUUAUAAAUAACUACCUAAGACUUCUAUAGAUUUACGAUUGAGCUCUGCAAAAUACUGUUAAAGGCAUUCAUUAGAAUUAUAUAUUUUGCAAUUAAUUUUAAACAAUAUGAUAAUUUAAAAUUUGUCUUCAAAUGUGUAAGGAAAAAGUCAAAGCCUUUUUACAUUGUGCGAGCUAGAACUUACAUUAGACAGUUACUGACAUUAUUUACUUGCAUGUUGUCUUUUGACCAAUCAAGUGGUGACGUAGCAUGAUUUUAUGCAAGUUAGAAAUAGAACGAAUGCCAGAUUCUUAUCGACUUGUUAACGGUACCAAGCUGUACAUAAGACCGCCCGCUAUAUGACAUUUUAGAAUGUUGUUAAUAAACUUCACUAAACAGUAACUGUGUAGUACUGAUUAAUCGGACCUUAAUGAUAGCUUGCACAGUGUAAACAGGCAUUUACAUUAAUAUUUUUCAAAGUUUGAUUAUUGUUGCAAAGAUUUUUAAUAGUAUUUUUAGCAGCUGGUAUCAAUAUAUAGAUGCAUUGUAAUUAUUUCAUUAUCGAGUUUUGUAAUAUCCCAUAUUAUAAUUAUGAUAAUGAA